AGAGAGAGAGAGAGAGAGAGAGAGAGAGAGAGAGAGAGAGAGAGAGAGAAGAUAGCACCCAUUUUGUUCACCCAGGGGAUGGCUCACGCCUGGUAGGAAGAGAGAGAGAGAGAGAGAGAGAGAGAGAGAGAGAGAGAGAGAGUCUAGCAAUCAAAGAUAUCUUGAGAAGGUACUACCCAGGAGCGCUUCCUGGAAACUUCGAUGAUUGGAGCUGUAUUCGAAGCCUGAAUCGUCACAAUUGCUUCAUCCAGGUCAUCAUCGGCCUUACGCUUCCGGCUUACAACAUAAUCACACGAGACUUCCGGCAUCUUCUUAGGAUAUCCUUCAUCGUCGAUGUCGAUCGUGCCGACACGCGCAACAACACGGGUUAUCCUCGUCGACAUCACUGAGAGGCGGACAGAUUUCGUCGUCGCUUGUGAAUCCCCGUCUUUUCGAAAGACCUUGCGAUCGUUGAGAUCCUUGAUGACACGGAUGAGUUCCUGAACUUCAAUCUGCUCUCCAUUUGCAAACGUCUCUUCGACAAUAUCCAGAACACCUGCAACCUUCAUCACGUUGUACAUCGAUCUUCGUCCGUCGUCCCAGCAGCGGAGCAGUCUGCCCGUAUCUCUCCAUGAUGAUGAUCCAUAAUCUUCUACACCAUCAACAACGAUCUUCGGUAGACGCUGGUGUUUCUCACCGCUCACGAGAACGCGCGUCGACACCCUGCACAGAUACUGUGCAAUCUCCAUGGGAGUCAAGUCCGUCCGAUCCGGGUGAAGAAGCAUGGGUCUUAGCUCGUAAGCUGUACCCAGAUCGGUGAGUAACCGAACGGUUAAUUCAUCUUUAUUACUACAAGAAAAUAAAUAAAACUUCUCUACAUACGGUUCGGAUGUUGACCAGGCCGACAUCUUUGAUCUGGUAGAGAGAGAAAUUCUGGAGACGGUACUCGAUCAUCCAAUGGACUCAAAAAUGAAUUGUGAACCAAAAAUGAAAUUAUAUCAGGUUUUAUAGGUCCCGCCAAGUCCCGUCCCGCCGGGUCCCGCCUCCGGGAAGGUGACGACCUUGGAGAACACGGUGAACACGGUGCGCGCCAAAAACCAAAACGUUGCUCGCGACAUGUCGUGUCUUUUUUGGUUCGGGCUUGGAAUCUUUCCAUUGACAUAAGUCAAUUAGUUUUCCAUCUAUGUCCGUAAUCGAAAGGUCCAUGAGGUGUAGAAUUUUUCUAGCUUUCCUCUCGUAUAAUUCUUUUCGACAUACAACAAUUCUUUCUCGAACUUUUAGCUGCUGGAAUACCGGAUUCAUCUUGACCUCAGAUGCACAGAUCAUGCAUCCAUGCAUUGACGUCACAGUACAUCAUUGCAGCACUGAUUUCACUGUGAAGUGUGGAACAUGGGUCAAUGCGCGAUAAAAGGAUGAAUGUGAUUUCAGCGGGAAGUGCGCUAAUUGGUCACAUGUUUUCAGCGGGAAGUGCGGUAAGUGGUUAAUUGUUUCCAGCGGGAGAUGAGUGGAUUGGUUAAUUGAAAAACAACCAGUUAUUCCGAAUUCAACUAUUACGAAAACCCUAUAAAAAUAGAUCCUCGGUACCUUGUCAAGCCAUUGUGUGGUUGUCCGCCACCACCCCUGCUCAGGAUGGAACCCAUUCGGAAGAAACCUCGUCAGUCUUUUGAUGUAGUGAGAUCAUCUGAUCUGUUGCAAUUCUUUAGUUAUUGUCCUGAUCAAGAGUUUGCAGAUGUACUAAAGUUUUUCUCUCAUGUUCUACCGUCGCUGGAGCUGCUUCUUGAAGAGAAUAUUGAGCAAUGGGGUCAGUACAAGUGUUCUUUGAUAGUUCAGGUGGUGAUGCAGAAGCUGAAUCCUGCUACAGGACAAAUGGUUUCCAACACAUUCUUCUUCCGAUCGAGUACAACGCUGGUGCUCAACACCAUGGAGCUGAGGGACCUUCUCAGUAGGAUGAUUGCUCAGAUCAACGCUCGUCUUGAUGAUUUCGUUCGUCAUGGAUCAGGUUGGGUAGUUGAACGGAUUUCCUGUUUACACAUCGAAAUGUCACGCUACUGUGUACUUGGAGGAAGUUCGUACAUCCCCUUGCCACCGGAGUUGAAGUCGAAGAAGGCCAUUGUUAACGUGCAGAACACUGACAACAAGUGUUUACUGUAAGUAUAGCAGUGGGGUUUCAGUGUGGUGAUACGGUGUAUGGAUUGAACUGUAUGACGCCUGUCCAUGUCUUAUGUCAUCCGUACUUUAGAUGGUCAAUACUGGCUGCUAAAUUUUCGGCAGACAAGUCUCAUCCAUGUCGUCAAUCGUCGUACGCAGAACAUGCGGAUACUGUGGAUGUGAGCGGCAUCGAGUUUCCAGCAAAACUGGAAGACAUACCAGUCAUCGAAAGACUGAACGACGGUCUUUACAUCAACGUCUUCGGAUAUGAAGAGAAAGUCAUAUAUCCGUUAAGAAUUUCUCAGCAUCCGCAAUCCGCCAUCAAUGUAUUGCUCAUCCAAGACGAACGCAAUGACGUGGAGGUGCAGCACUGGGUGUGGAUAAAAUCAUUCAGUCGUCUUGUUGCUACUGGAGCACGUCGAGCACAUUUCGUCUGCUUCAGAUGUCUCUCAACACACGUCACGGAGAAGGCAUUGAAUAAUCAUAUGAUGUACUGCAGUGAACAUCCUGAAGCCACGGUGAAGAUGCCAAAGGCUGGCGAUAGAGUGAUGUUCAGGAAUGUGAACAAGCAGCUUCAAGCCCCAUUUGUAAGUAGAACAUUUAAUCAAGGUGAACACAUUUCUUUUCUUUCCUGCACAUGUUUCUUGACUCUGAUUGUUCACCUUUCUGCUGUUUUACUCGGUGUUGUCUCUGCAGCUAUUCCUAAUUCUCUAUCUGUCUUUUCCGCUGUUUUACUCGAUGUUGUCCCUGCUGCUAUUCCUACUUCUCUCUCUCUCUCUCUCUCUCAAAUGCAGGUGAUCUAUGCCGAUUGUGAGGCCUUCAUAGAACCUCUGUCCGCUGACAAGAAAAUCGGUCAUUCGACAUUCCAAAAGAACAAGCAUGUAGCCUGUUCCUGUUCGUACAUUGUAGUACGAUCUGAUGGCGUCGUCACGAACCGUUUCUUCUACCGUGGAGAAGAUUCUAUGUUCUGUUUUCUGCUGUCACUUGAGCAAGAGGAGGAGACUAUCCGUGAUGAGCUUCUAGCAUGUAAUGCUGGUCAAAUGAUCAUUUCAGAAAGUCAGCAACGUGAAUUUGAAACGGUAGUCUCCUGUUGGAUCUGUGGUGAAGCGUUGGGUAGCGAUCGUGUACGUGACCACUGUCACAUCACCGGUGCUUACCGUGGUGCAGCACACAACCAUUGUAACCUGAACAUGCGGAUUGAGCCGUUCAAGAUCAAGAUUCCUGUGAUCUUUCAUAACUUGAAGGGAUACGAUUCUCAUCACAUCAUAUCUGCCAUUGGGAGAACGUCCAUUGAUGAGAUUACGUAUGUGAACGAGAAAGGACAAGAACGGACCAAGCGUCUCGGUGCUAUCAAAGUGAUUCCCAUCAACAGUGAAAAAUAUGUCACAUUCGGAUGGAGACAGUUCCAGUUCAUCGACAGCCUGGCAUUCUUGAACACCUCCCUAGACCGGUUGGUUUCGGCCACACCACCAGAUGCAUUCGCCCUUCUAUCCGCACGAUUUCCAGACGAGGAUGAACGCAAACUGUUGACACGAAAGGGUGUCUACCCGUAUGAAUAUAUGGGGUCGUACGACCAAUUCGAAGAAACGCGUCUACCACCCAAGGAUGCAUUCCACUCAACGCUAACGAACACGGGUAUCAGUGAUGAAGACUAUGCCUAUGCACAAACAGUAUGGACUGCGUUUGACUGUGAAGAUCUAGGAGACUAUCACGACCUCUACCUGGAGACUGAUGUGCUGCUGUUGGCUGACGUUUUCGAAAACUUCAGAAGAACUGCUCACGCAACCUAUGGAUUGGAUCCCGCUAAUUACCUCACCUUACCGGGAUUUGCCUGGGAUUCGCUGCUGAAAAUGACGAAGGUGUCCCUUCAUCUCAUUUCCGACAUUGACAUGUUCAACUUCAUUGAGCAUGGCAAAAGAGGUGGCAUAAGCAUGGUGUCCGCUAGACACGCCACCGCCAACAACAGAUAUCUAUCGGAAUACAAUCCAGACGAGCCGUCAAGCUUCAUCCAAUAUUUAGAUGCGAACAAUCUAUAUGGAUGGGCCAUGUCUCAACCCUUGCCCGUGUCGGACUUCUGCUUUGAAGCAGUGACGGAUGAUCUUCUGGAGACGGUACUGGAUCAUCCAAUGGACUCUUCGACGGGAUACAUGGUGGAGUGCGAUUUAAGGAUUCCAGAUGGUGUGCAUGACAUGAUGAAUGACUAUCCGUUGGCUCCUGAGCAGAUGAAGGUGACACGAGAUAUGCUUUCUCCAUAUCAGACCCACAUGGCAGAGAAACUAAUGUUGAUGAACAAUGCUGUAUAUGGCAAGACCAUGGAAAACGUUCGAAACAGAGUAAACAUCAAGCUCAUUCGUGAACAGGAUGAAAAACCACGUCUCCAGAAAAGCAUCAACAAACCUUCGUACAUCCGCAGUGUAGCCUUUGAGAACGAUCUGAUAGCAAUCGAGUUUGCCAAGACAAAGGUGACUCUCAAUAAACCCAUUUAUGUGGGUACAGCCAUCCUCGAUCUGUCGAAGCACUUGAUGUAUUCCUUUUACUAUGAAGUUCUCCUACCCCGCUAUGGACAAAAUGUACGUUUGCUCUACACUGAUACUGAUAGUCUGAUCGUACAUAUUCAAACGGAUGAUCUGUACACCGAUAUGUCAAACAACAUAACAGCCUAUGACACAUCCAACUAUUCACCAUCCCACCACCUGUACAGCACGGUCAACAAGAAGGUGGUAGGGAAGUUCAAGGACGAACUAGGUGGCAAACCCAUCAAGGAGUUCAUUGGUUUGCGGAGCAAGAUGUACGCAUACCGCUGUGAAGACAACGACGACAAUGGCAAGCGUGCCAAAGGUGUGCAGAGAAGCGUGUUGAAAAACACCAUAACCGUCGAUGAUUAUCGAACAUGUCUCGUCGAGGAGUCUCAGCUGAAGAGAACAAUGAAUGUUCUUCGAAGUCGACGACAUUGCAUUCACGGAGAGGAGCUACGCAAGAUUGCCCUCUGUGGAUUCGACAGUAAGCGUUACAUUCUGGAGGAUGGUAUCAACACCCUGGCAUUCGGACACAAGGAUAUUCCAAAGCACUGAGGGAUUUCCACACAUACUAGAGCAUAUGUCAUAUCUUCUCAUGAAAUACAUUGUAAAUACUAUGCGAUUCAUAAUAUUCACGUUAAUCCAAAGCAUGAGCUACAUUGUACAUAUGAAAUGCUAAUACUUUUUGAGAUCAUUCACAUCCUUCUUUGUUAACCAGGUAUGGAAUUUUUCGUCUUGAUAA